UUUUUUUUUUUUCACGUUUAUCAUAUAAGUUUCAUUAUGGUUGAUAAGAAGAUUCUUUUGCUUGGAUCAGGCUUCGUUGCUGCACCUUGUGUUGAUUAUCUAGUUCGUAGACCCGAGAAUAAAGUCACUAUUGCAAGUAGAAGACUUGCAAAUGCUCAAGCUUUAUCCAAUCAAUUCCCUGGUACUGUUGCUGUUUCUUGUGACAUUAAUGACGAAGAAGCUAUCGAAAAGUUAGUUUCUGAACAUGAUAUCGCAAUCAGUUUGAUUCCUUAUAUCCAUCAUGCUAAAGUUAUUAAAGCUGCUGUUAAGCAUAAGAAGCAUGUUGUCACUACUUCUUAUAUCUCACCUGCCAUGCUGGAAUACGAUCAAGCUGCUAAAGAUGCUGGUAUUACAGUCAUGAAUGAAAUUGGACUUGACCCAGGUAUCGAUCAUCUUUAUGCUAUUAAAACAAUUGAAGAAGUUCAUAAUGAAGGUGGAAAGCUGAAAGAAUUUAUUUCCUUUUGUGGCGGCCUCCCUGCACCUGAAGAUUCCAAUAAUCCAUUUGGCUACAAAUUUUCUUGGUCAGCACGUGGUGUUUUAUUAGCUUUAAAGAAUACUGCUAGAUAUCUCGAAAAAGGUAAAGUGGUAGAGGUCUCUGGUACAGCUCUUAUGGAUUCAGCAAAGAAGUUAAAUACUGGAUAUCCAGGGUUUGCAUUUGUCGGUUAUGGUAACCGUGAUUCCACACAUUAUGAUGAACGCUAUCAUAUUCCUGAAGCAGAAACGAUUAUUCGUGGUACUAUUCGUUAUGAUGGAUUCUGUCAAUUCGUUAAAGUCCUCAUUACACUUGGCUUCUUAAGUGAAGAAGAAGAGGCAUAUUUAGAUGCAAACGCUCAAGAUAAUAUUACUUGGAACCAAAUCCUUGCCAAGAUUCUUAACAUUCAUGAUACCUCUGCAGAGGCCUUACAAGCAGCUGUUAUUCAAAAAUGUGAUCUUGACCAUAAUGAUCAUAAAGCUCAAAUCUUGGAUGGUAUGCGUUGGUUAGGUUUCUUUUCAAACGCCCAAGCUCAACGUCGUGGUACUUUACUCGAUACUUUCUGUGCUACUCUUGAAGAAAAGAUGCAAUACGGUGAGAAUGAACGCGAUUUAGUCUUUUUACAACAUCGUUUUGAGAUUGAACUUAAGGAUGGUAGACAUCAAACACGUACCUCUACUUUAGUUGAAUAUGGUAAAGUAGGUGGGUUUACUGCUAUGGCAAAGACAGUUGGUGUUCCUUGUGGUAUUGCUACUCAGCUUAUCUUGGACAAUCAAUUAACAGCCACUGGUGUUCUUGCGCCUAUGUCUCAUGCCAUUAAUCAACCUAUCAUUGAACUUUUAGAACAAGAAGGUAUUGGCAUGGUUGAAAGAAUUUUGUAAGAAUAAAAGUGAUAAUCCAAAUGGUUAGAAAUGAUAUUAUAAAUAUACACUUUAAACUUGCUCAAUUUCAUUGUGUCAUAUUUUUCCUUAUCUAACAAAUUAUGAAUAAAAAAAAAAAAAGAUUUAUUAACAAAAAAAAA